AUGGGAUCUCUGCUUAGAGGGACGGCAUUCAUAACAGGUGCAGCUUCAGGCAUCGGCCAAUAUACUGCCUUGAGCCUGGCCAAAUACGGCAUACAGCGUCUGGCACUUGCCGACUUGAACACCAAGGGUCUGGCAAGCUCAAUCAAGGCAUUGAAAGACCAGCACCCAAGUAUAGACGUACUUCCUCUCCCGAUGAACGUGCAGAAUGCAGCCGAGGUCAGGUCGAGCGUCUUGGAAGCAGUCAAGAAAUACGGCCGCUUGGACAUUGCUGUCAACAGCGCGGGGAUUGGAGGCUCGGGUAACAAGACGCAUGAGAUAGACGAGGAGGAAUUCGCCAGGGUUGUAGAUGUGGAUUUGCAUGGCGUGUGGAGAUGUCAGAAAGAGCAAAUCAGUGCCAUGUUGAAGCAGGAAGAUCUCGGCCCCAGGGAAGGCAGGGGGAGAAUCAUCAAUGUUGCCUCGAUGUUCGGUCUCGUUGCUCCGGGGACAUACAUGUCGCAUACUGCUUAUACUGCGGCGAAGCACGGUGUUAUCGGGCUGACCAAGGGAGAUGGAAACACGUACGGCCCUUACGGGAUCAGGAUAAAUGCCAUCUGCCCUGGCUACGUAGCCACGCCCUUGCUCGUUCACAGUAUGGACCAAACUCCUGACUCGCCACUCACUAGAGACAUUGCGAAAACGCCCCUGAAACGGGUUGCCCAGAUGGAGGAGGUUGGGGAUGCAAUCGCAUUCCUUGCAUCGCCUCUCAGCAGCUUCAUGCAGAGUAGCGCGCUUGUAGCUGACGGUGGGUUCAUAGCAGAGUAA